GCGCACACAGGAGGAGACUGAACUAUAGCGGCGACUCCAACUACGACCCAAGUGUGAAGACGUCCCAUUUGUGAGCGCAGGACAGAGAUCAGGGGGCUCUGGACGCUGCGGAAAACUUGUCUUCAUUUCAAUUUCGCCUCUCAUUGAAGGCAGAAGUGAUGCUCCGCAUGCGGACCGAAGCUGUCGCUGCGUGAACUGUGAUCUUCUCAUCUAGGGGCAGUUUAAUGUGCUCUUUAUCCAUUUCUUUCGGAGGAUUGCGCUUUCCCUAGGUGACGAUGCGUUCGGUGAUGUUGGGCUGGAGGUUGUCAUGUCUUCUUCUGCAGGCAGCUGUUUUGCUGCUGCCCAGCAAGGGGGAGAGGAUGUGUCCUGUGACUUGCCGCUGUGAUGGAAAGAUUGUUUACUGCGAGUCUGGCAUCUUCCAAGACAUACCAGAAAACAUCACCACAGGAUGCCAAGGUCUGUCACUGCGUUAUAACAACCUGCUGGUUCUGUUGCCGUACCAGUUUGCUCAUCUCAGUCAGCUUAUCUGGCUUUACUUGGACCACAACUCCAUCAGUGCUAUAGAUGCUUUAGCCUUCCGUGGUGUGCGCAGGCUCAAGGAACUGAUUCUCAGCUCCAACAAAAUAACCCAUCUGCACAAUAAUACGUUCAGUGCCAUACCAAACCUGCGGAAUCUGGACUUAUCUUAUAAUCAGCUGCAGUCUCUACAGCCGGGUCAUUUCUAUGGCCUACGCAAGCUACAGAAUCUCCACCUUCGAUCGAACGGACUCAAGCAGAUUCUCAUUCGCACAUUUCUGGAGUGCCGCAGCCUGGAGUUUCUAGACUUGGGCUAUAAUCGCUUGCGGAGCCUCACUCGUACAACAUUCUUAGGCUUGUUCAAGUUGAAAGAACUUCAUCUAGAGCACAAUCAAUUUUCCAGGAUCAAUUUCUAUAUUUUCCCACGCCUUAUCAACCUCCAGGCUCUUUAUUUGCAAUGGAACCGCAUACGAUAUAUCAGUCAAGGUGUGCCUUGGACCUGGCACAAGCUACAGAAAUUGGACCUGUCAGGGAACGACAUCCAAAUCUUGGACCCAGUUGUUUUCCAGUGUAUGCCAAACUUACAAAUACUCAGCCUCGAAUCGAACAAGCUGAGUAGUGUGCCUGUGGAGGCUGUGGCAGCAUGGACCUCCCUGACAACCAUUAGCUUGGCCGGUAACGCCUGGGACUGCAGCCCCAGCAUCUGCCCUCUCAUGGGUUGGCUCAAAACCUUCAGAGACUCCAAAGACAUUAGCAUGAUAUGUAGCAGUCCCAAGUCUGUGCAGGGUGAAAGAGUCGUGGAUGUAAUGAGAAACCACUCGACAUGUGUGGACAUGUCAAAUGUGUUCACAACCACAGCUCUCAUCAUUCUGACUUCAACCCAAGUUUUGAACAUCACAGCUCACCCUGCUUCUUCAGGUGUUACAGACCUAGCUCAUACUGAGUCACCUGCACAGAAAUUAACCCCUUCAACGGUCCAUCCUAAUGGGACUCGCAGAAAGACAGCAGAGUCCACAACAAUGAGCUCCACAUCACCCAUCUCCCAUGAACCUCCCACCUCAUUUGUUCCAGAAGUACAAUUUGAAUAUCUGGCUUUCCACAAAAUCAUUGCAGGCAGUGUAGCCCUGUUCCUCUCAGUGUCCUUGAUCCUUCUGGUUAUUUAUGUCUCGUGGAGACACUAUCCUAACACCAUGAGGCAGCUGCAGCAGCACUCCGUCAACCAUAAGCGCAGGAAAAAAGUCCGCAAGCAGGAGCAGGAUCUUAACUCUCAGUUACAAGAGUACUAUCUGAGCUACCAUUCAAACUCAGAGACUAUGGACUCUUUGGUGAAUGAGACAAGGCCGUGCACGUGCACCAUAUCAGGAUCCAUAGAAUGCGAGGUCUGAGCUGCCCAUUCCACCUUAAGAGACUAAAAGUGCAAUUGCUAAGCAGAGGUAAAUGUUUUUGUUCCACAACAUUAAGUGGAUUUAUCUCUAAUGUGAAAUGAUAGAUUCUUCAGCACUGAAGGAAAUACUUGGGGGCAUAGCUCAUUAUAAUUAUGUGCACAGAAAAGAAGAUUGGAACUGAGAGAUAUAUUUGGAGAGACCUUAUUAUCACCCUGACCGACACGAGAACAGCGGCAGGGUCAUCCAGGUUAGCUGUGUAGUAACAACUGGACCACUGCUACAUUAGAAGUCAGCUCUGUAGAGAGGCUGACCUUAUUCUUAGUCAACCUAUAUUACCAUAGAAUAUGAACCAGCAAAGUCACUUUUUACUUGCUAGUUUAUUUUUAUUUAUUUAGUUAUUUAUUUAUUUUUUACAACAUACCAUAGGUUGUAAAGCACUUGGGCUGUACUGUAUGUGUGCAUCUUGGAGUGUAUGUACUGUAUGUGUGUCAGUGCAUUAUGGGGAUGAGCUCAUUAUCUCCUGGCUUACUGACUUCUGGUUGGAAGAGUUAUGGUGCUGCACCUUAUUCUCACAGAUACUAUUAGUGCAGUUAAACUGGUUUGUCCUACUACUGUAGUACAGUAAUUCAUUGCAGCAUUACCACAAGAAACUGGGGAAACAUGGAGUGAACAUCUUGUCCUGAGGUCUUUUGCAUGAAGUCACCCUUCUUACUUAAGAUGCUUGUCCCUCUCCUAUAGAAUAAUUGGUUCUAAUUGACAGAAAAUAAAUGCCUUUUGGUUCCUUAUGCUAUGUGCCAUUCAAAAACUAUAUUUAAACUCACAAGUCUAAUCUCAGGACUUUCAUUUUCCAAGCUGUGCACAUCUGUCGAGCCCAGAGCAGGCCUUGAUGUGACAAAUGUAAUGAUGCUGAUUUUCAUAAUGAAUUUUGUAUUGAUUAUUCCUGUCAUUAUUAUUAUGCAUUGUUUAUGUAAAAACUUAAUAAGGGUACUAGGUAUUCUAUGUGACAAUGAGUGUAUAAUUAAAAGAAACACUGACAAUUGAUAAAAACUUGGGUGUGAUCAGAAAAUCAAUGGCUGCUGCAUCAUUCUGCACUGUGCUCUUGAUGUUGCACAUUUCACUGGGUUUGCUUGCUGCAUGCAAAUGGAGGUGACAUAUCUUCCAUUGCUUAUUGUUUAACUGCUUUCUUCUCUUCUAUCUACACCCGACACUUCAGUAUCAGUUGUAUCUGGGGUACACACCCCACACUCGGGGUGGGGGGGCUCCAUGUCAGUCUCUGGGACAUAACCGUGCUGGUGUGCUCGCAGUUUUCUUGUAAACACAUCUGCUUUUAGUGCAAAUGGAGCCCAAGUAGACUACGAUGCCUUUCUUUGCUUGUCCCCAAGACAAAAAGAUAUUCCACUCUAUGAAACCAAAAACAGAUUAAGCAUCUCUCUAGUCUCUGUCAGUCUGGAAGCAUUGUUCUUGUGUGAAAGGACAGAGAUAAUAGAGGCAGGCUACUGAGGGACAGUGGGUGUUAUAGGUCAAGGCAGUUAUGCUGUUAAGAAAAUAUCACCCAGCAUGCUCUGUCUUAUUCCUUUCCCUGCCUUUCUUUCUUCCCUGUCUCCCUUUUUUUUUUGUUUUUUUUUUUCAGCUUGCUCACUGUGAAGAGAGAAAAUUAACCUGCGCCAGAGGACAUAUGUGCAUGUGUUACAGUAAGCUAGGCAGGAUAAAGCAGUGAUGGUGC